AAAUGGACAAUGAACAAUAGUAUAAGAAAAUAUUUUAAAAUAUUUAAAUGUAUGGACUAAUUAGUCCGUAAAAUAAUACGAUUAUUUUUAAAAUUCUCUACCCUUUUGCAUUGUGAGAAAAUGGAGAACACGGAAUAUAUAGUAAAGACUGUGAUUCAUGCAGGAACAAAAACCAUUAAUUUUGUACCUGGAACCAAAGUUGUAUUUCACUUUAAAACAACAAAAUGUGAUCCAGAGAAAACAGUGAUAGAUGAUAGCAAAACCAUGGGAAGACCAAUGGAAUUGGUCCUGGGCAAAAAAUUCAAACUAGAAGUUUGGGAAGUUAUUGUUCAAAAAAUGGCAUUAAAUGAAGUGGCAUGCUUUAGAAUUGAUAAAAGCCUAGUUACAGCAUACCCUUUUGUGUCUAAAACUCUAAGAGAAGUUGGAAUACCACAAUCAGAAAAACGUAGUCAUCAUUGUUGUGGUGUAACUUUGCAAAAUGAAGGAAUUGGAUAUGAUGAUUUGAAUGAACUUAUUAAAUAUCCUCAAGAUUUAGAAUUUACAAUUGAACUUGUUCAAGUAAUUUUACCAGAUGAAUAUGAAAAAGAAUCAUGGCAAAUGACCGAAGAUGAGAAAUUAAAGAGUAUUCCAGAAAUAAAAGAGAAAGGAAAUGCAUUAUUUCAAGAGAAGAAAUAUGAUGAUGCUUGUGAAAUGUAUGCUAAAGGCAUUGGAAUAUUGGAACAACUUAUGCUUGCUGAGAAACCAAAUGAAGAGGAAUGGCUAGCUCUAAAUAAGUUAAAAACUCCACUGCUUUUAAAUUAUGCCCAAUGUAAAUUAAUUAAGAAGGAGUAUUAUGCAGUUAUAGAACAUUGUACUACAAUUCUUAAGCAUGAUCCAGAUAAUGUUAAAGCACUAUAUAGGAGAGGUAAAGCAUAUAUAGGCGCUUGGGAUGAAGAAAAAGCUAUUAAAGAUUUAAGAAGAGCAACUGGAUUAGAUCCUGCAUUACAAAGUGCAGUUGAAAAAGAGCUACAGGCAUUCUCUGUAGCCAUUAAAGAAAAAGAUCAGUUAGAGAAAAAGAAAUUAUCAAAAUUAUUAGAUAAAUGAAUAUAUGUUAAAUCAUAUUUAAGCAAGCCGGUCACAGUGCUCACUGUGAGUGUUUAUAUAGAAUAAAUAUAAAAAUAUCGAUCACAGAAACCGAUACCUCUAAUAUUUGUAUUUUAUUAUAUCAAAGAAAAUGGUACUAUUGGUGCCAUCUAACAGUGAGCGAAACAGAUUAUCCCAAAAGAAAAUUUCUUUUUCGAACAAUGAAGAAACUACGAACUAUAGCAAUUCUCGAAAGCG